CCAGGGAUGAAUGGAGGCUGCUGGCCCGGGAUCCCAGAGGAAGCCCCGCGCCUUUCUGUUCCGCCUAAGUGGGUGAAAGUUCAGCUCUCCCGUGUUCGUGGGAACUCUCCAUGCCCAUGUCUGAAACCGGGCAGACAUCCCACUUCCAGACCUUCCCCACCAGCAGGCUGCAUGCGCGGCGGCGAGGAAUUUGGAAGAAAUGCAUGAAAUCUCCCAAGGAGAUUAUUGUUGAGUUUUUAGAUACUGCCUUUUAUUUCAAAGUGCCUAUUUUUUUUUUUUUUUUUCUUUUCACUCCUUUUUCCUUAACGGCCCACUCACCCAUUGUGUGUAUCUCAUUCCGCCUCCGGUCCCAAAAGUUUCAUGAACCAUCGGGCCCCAGCCAAUGGCCGUUACAAACCAACUUGCUAUGAACAUGCUGCUAACUGUUACACACAUGCAUUCCUCAUUGUUCCGGCCAUCGUGGGCAGUGCCCUGCUCCAUCGGCUGUCCGAUGACUGCUGGGAAAAGAUAACAGCAUGGAUUUAUGGAAUGGGUCUGUGUGCCCUCUUCAUCGUUUCCACAGUGUUUCACAUCGUGUCAUGGAAAAAGAGCCACUUAAGGACAGUGGAACAUUGUUUUCACAUGUGUGAUAGGAUGGUGAUCUAUUUUUUCAUUGCUGCUUCUUACGCUCCAUGGUUAAAUCUCCGAGAACUUGGACCACUGGCAGCUCAUAUGCGUUGGUUUAUCUGGCUCAUGGCAGCUGGAGGAACCAUUUAUGUAUUUCUCUACCAUGAAAAGUAUAAAGUGGUUGAGCUCUUUUUCUAUCUCACAAUGGGAUUUUCUCCAGCCUUGGUGGUGACAUCAAUGGCGCCUGGAGUCCUGGAGAAAGGAGGAAGUCUGUUCCUGAGGGAAGAGCGCAGCAGUGUCGGGAUAUGGUCUCCACACACCGAGCAGGUCCCUCCUCUGUACAAAUGGGGCAUAAACCAUUGCCAACCCACCUUCAGGGCAGCUGGUGCAUCAAGGCUGCAGGAUAACCGAUGCAGAAAACUCUCCACAAUUGGUGGUUUUGAAGAAACACACUGGGAUGGCUUUUCCACGAGAGGAUGUUGUCCUGCGCCCUCAGCAGAAGCUCCACAUGCUUGGCCGCUCUUCGUGGAAAUACUGGUUGCCAGAGCAGCUGUGUCAGCCCAGCUUCCCCAGAAAAGACGGGAAGGCAGGCGGGGAGCCCUCUGUAACCCAAGGGCUUUGUUCCAGGGACAACUCCCCAGAGUGGGCCACACAGGAAACCAGAUCCAGAAAGAGGAGAGAUGGCAACAGAAAAACAAGGAGGGAAAGAACAGAAGGAAGGCAAACUAAGAAGGCCCAGGCAGUUUUCAAACUUUAAGAGACAUGUCGCUGAGGAUGGGUUUUGCUUGUUGAGAGCAGAAGUUGACUUCUGUAGGAGGACAGUUGGCUGAAGUAUGAAGACACUUUGGAACAUGCUUUUCACUUCCAGAGGAGUUUACUUUCCCAUCCCCUGUCCCUGAACCCUCUCUGUAACUGGUAAUACUUUUGGAGUACUUCUUAGUGUCUUUUUCUCUCAUUGAUAAAUCUAUUUCCCCAAGGUCAUCUGUCACGUUGCCCCUGCAAAAGAAAAAUUAGGGCAGAAGGAAGACAUGGUGUUAGUGGAACUCCCACUCCGAGGGAAAGGAUGGGAAAAGGUUUUCAUGUCUGAGGAGGCUCAGAAGAGAGGGAAGACAGGGCAAGAGGUACGGGGGGGUGUUUUGACUCCUCCAUUCAAGGUCAAACCUAGGAUGGUUUCUAUUUGGAGGGGAGGGAGGAUGUUCAGCAGGACCAUGCCGAUAAGAAAAUAGAACUGCGAACUCUUCUUAAGUCCAAAAUUCUUAGAAAUGGCUCAUGGUUGGCCCAGUACAGCAUCUACAAUACAUAGGGUAGCUGGUAACCGGGGCUAAGGAAAGUGUGAAGGUGAAUGGACCAGAGGUCUGCCUUGCUAAUAUUGGCAGACUCUAGUUUGGUGCAGGGAACACAUCUGAGGUCUCCCAGGAAGAUGCAGAAGCUGAAAAAAAUGAAAGACUAGAACAGUCUAAGAAGCCAAUAAGACAGCUGCAGGGUGCAGGAAUCUCCACAUGCAACUCAAAAGACCACAGUGAGCUUCUCUUCCCAGGGGUCUGUUCAGGCACCAAAUCAAAAAGAUGGCCCCAGAGAGCAGUAGACCCAUCAUAUGGAACAGAGAUCCCUUCCUUCUCUACCCUGAGAUUUGUAAUUUACACCUGCACCCAGAUAUAACCUAUGGAGAGAUGCCUUGGGAGGAACUAUCGUGGACAUUUAUACUUUGAAUUGAUCGAAUUUCUGAUUCAAAGAGAUUAAAUGGAAUGAAGUAGCCUAUUUUAAAUUAAAUUAUCUAAUUAAAUUAAAAAAGAAGAAAUUACCUUUAAUCGACCGAUUAAGUUUGGGGGGACUGAAAGAUUAAGCAAUUAUAGAUCAUUUUGGGGGGACUCAAACAUUAAGUCAAUUAUAGAUCACCCCCAACACACACACAGAAAUUGAGUGCAGUAUGAAAUUUUUGACCUGUCUAUAACAAUGACCUUAUGCAGCAGUACAAGUCAUUUUCACAUGUAUUACCAUUUUUGAACUUCAUCUCACAUCAGAAUAGGUGUUAUUAUUCUAACUCUACAGGUGCAGAAGAUGGUGGCUCAACAAAGGUAGCGCAAGUCUCCCUCUAGGGCUAUUUCAACUACAGACCACUGAAUCCCAGCCUAACGUCGAGGUUCUCACCUGGAGUAAUUUCUGGAGCUAGUUUUGGUUGUCAUAAUUGGGGAGAGAGUAUUGCUGCUGUUUAGAGAGGAUACAGGCUACAGAGGCAGAUGAGAAAGAUCUUUCAAUGCCCAGGAUGGCUCCUCUAACAAAGCGCUUUCUGGCUGCACAUGUCAGUAAUACUAAGGUGGAGGAGAAACACUAACAGAUAAUAGAGGACCCUGAAAGAGGACAGUGUCUCUCCUUUCAUGCUUGUAAAAAUGGACAAGGACACAGAGCUAAGGUGAUUACAGUUAAGUAAGGAAACCUCAACAAACAGACUUAGUUACUGGAGCUUCAUUUUCACAAUGGUGUGGGGAACAGGUGCAUCUUGUUAGAGGGUCGGGAGGCUCUUGUGCCCAUAGCAGGGAGCACCGGGGUUGUACUGGGAGCAGAUAGCUCUUUACCUCCUCUCCUCCGUACAAUACAAUUAUUUCCAGUAAUAAUCAUAUAAUUAAGAGAGUGGUAAUUAAUGGCCAGGAAACCAGACAUUUUUUUUCUUUAAUUGAGUGUCAUAUUCAUAAUCAUGUCAGUAACAUAAAUAAAUAAAAUAAACCAGGAAAAGAGUAGUAGACUGAUAGUUUUUAAUUACAUGAAUGCAUUUUUAAAGGAAAAAACUCAGACCUGUACACCGGUCUGCUGCAAGAAGAAAUAAUAAUAUUAUCGAUUUUAUGUUUGUCCCUUAAGUUUUGUAAAUUUAUUAAUGACUUGCACCAAAAUGGGCCUUCUUUGAAUAUUCAUGCCAGUGGACUGCAUAGGUUUGUUAAGCUGUUUUUCAUGUACAGAUGAUUAGAGAACUUUUUGUUAUCCUAAUUUUAAAACUUUCAUUCACAGAAAGCGAUAGGUUUAUCAGUAGGAAUUUUAAUAUUGACAGGAAGGUGGUGGCAGAGAUGCAGCUCAGGGUGGUGGCACUUGCCUGCAAUCCCAGCUCCCCAGGAGCCUGAGGGACAAAGAUCACAAGUUGGAGAACAGCCUGGAAAACUUAGUGAGACUUUGUCUCAAAAUAAAAUAAUAAGGGUCAGAGUACAACUCAGUCAUAAAGUGCCCCUAGAUUUGACCCUUGGCAUGGCCAAAACAAAACAAAAAACACAAGAAAAUACCCAUUUCCUAAUAAAUUCCCAAGAUUACAACAUUGCCCAUACCUCUGUUUCUCUUAAGAAUCUAUUCUAGCAGCUGUCUAAAGUCUCCACAGCUGAAAAUUUCUGCUAAAAGAUCUUGCAUAAUCUCUACUAGAUUUGGAAAAAAAAAAACUUCUUCUGCAAAAAGAGGAAAUGAUUGAAUAAUAAAGAACUUUGAUUUUAGCCCCUUUGAAAUCACUUCAGACACCGUUUAUGCUGACACCCAGGCCUGACCGCCACGCCAGUCCAGAUCUUGGUUUGCAUCUGCUCAGAGGACAGCAGGAGGCAUUGAGUGUCACUGUUCAGGGGAAAGGUCUCAGUGACAAGGCAGGCUGUGUUGAAGCACAGUGUUUCAAGUAAUUAGAUUUCUUUUCUUUUAGAAAAUUUUUUUUAUUUUAUAAAGCUCUGCAGAAAGAAUAUGAAAACACAGAAGCACAUUUAAAAAACAAAGAGCACAUAUUGGAUUAGUUAGGAUUAGGUUUGGUUGCAAUCCGUAACCUCCAAUUUCUGCUGUCAAAGAUGCUGACAUCCUUGUGGAAGGGACUGCGUUAUGGGCAAAUGUAUUUAAACCACAUUGUAGGAAGUUAGCCUUCGAAAGAGAGGGACGGGGGGUGGGGAGAGCUUGGUUUGGCAUGGAGUGAAGCUCAGAGGACACAGCCACGGCUUCCAACUAGGAGACCAGAGAAGAUCCCAUGGUGAAUUUAAAUGUCUUGAAGAGAGGGCAGGACUCAGAUAUGGAAAGGUUACGCUUAGUCCUGGGUGACGGUUGAUGUAAGGGAUGGGGGCCUUCAGGUCUGUUUCUCCACCUGCAAAACAAGAAUCAGGCUAUCUUUCACCUUUAAAGCCACCCUGGAAAAUUGCAACAAGAGUGACAGGGUGUUGUGGUGAACAACUUGGCCUAGGAGACAGGGGUUUCCGUACUGUGAUUGCGCGUAGCUGUGUAGAACAUGCGGUAAGUCAUAUUUCUUCUCAAGGCCGCAAGGCUCUCCUCUGGAAAAUGAAAGGCUUUGCAGAUGGAAUAUAGUACAUGCACCAUCUGACUCAGACAUUACUGUGUGAUCCUACAAGCACUCUGGGGGUUGGUUUCUGCCAGUGACAAACGAGCAGGCUACCUGCUCACACAGACUCCUUAGUGAAUGGUCUUGGGACCAUGGUGGGCAUCAGGCCCGGGAGAUCUAGGCUCCUGUCUGGCCUUCCUGUCCCUACCCAUUGCCUGGGGCUUUGCGUCUCCAUCCUAGCUUUCCCUAAGGACACUCUCAAGUCUCACUCACAUCCUCCUCCACCUCCACGGCACACACAAGGGAGGAGAAUAAAAAGGGGAAGGAGGAGAGGAGCGGAGGUGGAGAGAGAGGGAGAUGAGAGAGACGGAGGGCCGGGGGACCACCCCAGUACCCAAAUAGCCUGAAUCCAAGGUUCCUGCUGCGAACUGUGAGACCAAGGGAAGUUUUCUCCUUUGUGCUCACCCACCCCCGUCUCCUCUCCUAAAUUAUCUCCAUUUCUGAGAUUCAUCUUCAUUCAAAAGAAAGAAAAGACUUUGGUCUUUUAAGGGUACUUUUUCCUGAGGCUUUUCUGUGCCUCCGCUUCCUCUGUAGUUCUGGGGAGGCCGCAGGGGAGAAAAGGACCUGAAAGGACUGUGACAAGUUUUCUGCAGUGCUGCCCAGGUGAGGGCUGGAGACAGGGAGGGACACCCCUGUGCUGUCCCAGAAGCCUUGUCAAAGCACACUCAUUUUCUGGCUUGAAAGCCAGAAACAGAAAAGUUAGAAAGAGGAGCACCAGGUUGCAGGAGGAGGAGGAGGAGGAGGAGGAGGAGGACAACAUCCAUUUUGGGAAAGAAAGUCCUAUGUCAUAUGGAGUCAAUUGAGCCCUGGCUUCUCCUGCAUGGACCAGAAUCUUCAGGUAGAGAAGAACCAGGAUGUAGGCUGAGUCAGCAAAUUCCUGUCAGAGAAAUUUGCUUUUAAAACUUUAUUCAGAAUUAUUUAGUUAUAACUGGAGACAUUGGAGUAUGUCUGCAGGCGACUGAGGAGGCACAGGCCACUCUUCCCAGCCCACACAGAACUGGGCUGUGGUCCACAGACACCCUUGGGGACACACAGAGGGCGAGACACACUCUGAGCCUCGGGACAGCCUCACCAUCCCCAGAUCUUUUUCCUUGUUUGUUCUACACUGAGUAUCUCCCAGAGUUACCGAAAGGGCCAAAAUGAAAAAGAGAUGAGGGAGUGUUCAGCUGUGUAGUGAUGUUCAGACAUGGUAGAUCCUUAUGGGAGGAGACCAUCCUCCUUCCCUUCUUCCUUUUCACAGGAGAAGCUCAUGAGGGGACCCUCGCCCUCUUUCCUUGCUGUACUUCCUCCCAAGUCACAAGAUUCUGCCAAGAGAAAUGACAGCACUGACUAGUGGGGGGAAAAAACAUGGAAAGUGACUGGCCUUGCGAGUCAUCCUGGAAGUCAGUGAUAUCUACUUCCAAGGUAAAAUCACAUACUUCCCAGCUGGCUAGGAACUCCAGCUUCACCUAAAGAGCAGUGGCCUCUCCUCUUUUGUAUUUUGAGUCCCAUUCCCAGUAGGGGCUUCAGAACCCAUUUCCCUAUAGUGCUUCUACCUAGAAGAGGCUCUGGGCAUUGCACUCUAUUUGUGUGGUAGGGGCGCACACAACUGGAAGAGCUGUGUCAGCAAAGCACUCACUCUGGCUUACUGGACUAUAUGCAGAGUUGGGGUGGUUUUUUGGAAAUCAGUGCUGAUUAAGGAGAUACAAAAAAGUCCAUGAUGUUUGAACAAUCUUCCAUUCUUCUAUCUGGUAAUCUGAGCAACGCAGUUGAAGAUAACA